UUUUGGUGCCCUAUUGAUUAGACAAAAGUAGGGCAAUUAUGCAAAAUGUCUGAUUAGAAACUUCUUUGUUUGGUGCCCUUGCCCUAGACGAAAUUGAUCAGAAAAUUGAUUUGAAGCAAAGUGAUUGGGGUAGUUGGUUGAGGGUUCCAGGCGAAAGAUUGUUGGUAAAGAGCAAUGGAGAGAAAGGAAGAAGCAUUAACGACAGCAGAAGAAGAGGUAUGGAACCGAGAAACAGUGCCAAAAGUGAUGAUGAUAGUCAGCACCAGACUACCCCAAAAAGACCUCAUGUCUCUAUUGCUCCUCAACCCUUGGAUUCACCGCACUCUCAUCUCACACCCCUCCCUCUGGCUGGCGCUUGAUUUCCAUGAGAUGAACAAUGCUGGGAAUCGCCUCGUUGCAGCCCUUUCUCUGCUGAGAUAUCGGAAUGUGAGGCAUAUAAACCUCGAGUUUGCACAGGAUGUGGAAGAUAAGAAUCUCCAAGAUGUCAAGAGCAAGUGUGGGAAUUCCCUUCAAAACCUUGAGACUUUGAACCUAAAUGGCUGCCAAAAGAUUUCUGAUACAGGGAUAGAAGCUAUAACUAGUAUUUGUCCCAAAUUGAAGGGAUUUUCCAUAUAUUGGAAUGUAAGGGUUACAGAUCUUGGCAUAAUGCAUUUAGUGAGAAACUGCAAACUUGUGGUUGAUUUGAACUUAAGUGGCUGUAAGAAUAUUACAGAUAAAAGUUUGCAUCUAAUUGCGGACAACUAUCAAGAAUUGGAUUCACUGAAUCUCACUAGGUGCAUCAAGCUAACGGAUAGUGGUUUACAAAGGAUAUUGCUGAAGUGCUCUUUGCUUCAAAGUUUGAACCUUUAUGCCCUUUCUAUAUUUACGGAUGAAGCUUACAAGAAGAUUUCACUUUUGCCUCAUCUAAAAUUCCUGGAUCUCUGCGGUGCACAGAAUCUAACGGAUGAUGGACUUUCUUGUAUUGCAAACUGUAAAAGGCUAGCGUCUCUCAAUUUGACAUGGUGUGUAAGAGUUACUGAUGUGGGGGUCUUAGCCAUUGCCCAAGGCUGCAGGUCUCUUGAAUUGCUAAGUUUGUUUGGAAUUGUUGGGGUGACUGACAAGUCUGUGGAGGCACUCUCGAGCUUCUGUUCAAAUACGCUAACAACUCUGGAUGUGAACGGUUGUAUUGGCAUCAAGAAUCGGAGCCGUGAUCAACUGCUCCAACUCUUCCCAAAGCUCGAGUGCUUCAAAGUGCAUAGCUAAUCUCGGUUGUUGGACUCGUAUUCCUUGCGUUUGAGUGAGUAUAAAAACAAUCUUUUCGAAACAUUUUGUUCAUCAUGUGUUAAGUCCCCCCUGCUUAUCCAGAUGAUUGUUCUUGCACUAGGUUGUAAUUUGAUAAAAAUAUUUUUGUUUACAAGGAGAUUUCUAUAUAUUUAUGUCCAGUUCAGUUCA